CUUAACUUUCUGCAAAUGUAGCAGGUGGAUGUGUACUUUGUACUUUAACCUUAGCUUCUACUUAUUAAUGGCAGGAGGAGUUGGGUCCGUUCCUGCACCUCCGGCCCUCAGUUCGACUUCGGAGGAAAGGAGCUUUCCUUGGUACAACCGUUUUUGCUUGUGAACAGUCUUUGCGCCAGUCAUCGCCUGGUAGCUGUGCACCAUAUAGAGUAUACAGCUGGCUAUUUACACACACGUGACAGGAUCAUUGUAUUUGCAGAUGUGAAAUCUACCGGUUUUAGACUUUGACUCGAUCAUAUUCUAUCGUUUGUGCGCACGGAAUCACCGAAAAGUAUCAAAAACAAUGGCAAUCCUGAAUCAUUUUGCGACAGCAUGCUGGAAGAACAUGCAAGGCUAUCGGCUAAAUAAGCAGUUGUUUGUCGUUUUACGCGCGUUGCACAAGUCAACAGCAAGCGAGGAAUGUGGGAUCUCCGCGGCUGGAGAAAAGGCCAUGCCUGAAAGGUUGAUCACACCGGCGGAUGUCGGCAAGAAAACCAGAAUCAAGACCCUGAAGGAGAUGCCAGGACCCAGCGCCCUGUCCAACUUCAUCGAGUUCUUCUGGAGAGACGGGUUUAGCAGAGUUCAUGAAAUCCAGAUGGAGCACAGGAAGAAGUAUGGCAAAAUAUUCAAAUCCCGUUUUGGGCCCCAGCUGGUGGUCUCAGUAGCGGACCGUGACCUGGUGGCUGAGGUGCUGAGGGCCGAGGGCGUGGCCCCUCAGAGAGCUAACAUGGAGUCCUGGAAGGAGUACAGAGACAUGAGAGGCCGUUCCACUGGCCUCAUCUCAGCUGAGGGAGAAGAUUGGCUAAAGAUGCGGAGCGUGCUCAGGCAGCUCGUCAUGCGUCCCCGUGAUGUAGCGGUCUUUUCUGAUGAUGUGAACCAAGUGGUAGAUGACCUCAUCAAGAGAGUUGCUAUUCUCCGCAACCAGGAUUCGGAUGGAGCAACUGUUCUCAACGUAAAUGACCUCUUCUUCAAAUAUGCCAUGGAAGGUGUGGCAGUCAUUUUGUACGAGUCUCGACUAGGCUGUUUGGAAAAUGAGAUUCCCCAGGAAACCCAAGACUACAUCGGUGCUCUGCACCUCAUGUUCAGCUCCUUCAAGACAACCAUGUAUGCCGGGGCGAUCCCCAAGUGGCUCCGACCGGUCAUCCCCAAACCAUGGGAGGAGUUCUGUUUCUCCUGGGAUGGCCUCUUCAAAUUCAGCAGUAUUCACGUUGACAAGAGGCUCGCAGAGAUUAAGGCCCAGCUGGAGAGGGGAGAGGAGGUGAAGGGGGGACUGCUCACACACAUGCUCAUUACCAAGGAGAUGAGCACUGAGGAGAUCUACGCCAAUUUUACGGAGAUGCUACUGGCUGGGGUCGACACGACAUCCUUUACUCUUUCAUGGGCCUGCUACCUGUUAGCGCGGCACCCUCAAAUACAGCAGCAAAUCUUUACUGAAGUGACGGAGACCCUGGGACCUGGAGCAGUUGCCACAGCAGACGAUGUCCCUCGUCUGCCUCUCAUCAGAGGUCUGGUCAAAGAGACACUCAGGUUUUUUCCAGUUCUCCCAGGCAACGGACGGAUAACCCAGGAUGACUUGGUGGUGGGCGGAUACUUCAUCCCUAAAGGGACUCAGUUGGCCCUUUGUCACUACUCCACAUCUUUUGAUGAAGAGAACUUUGGUGAUGCAUCAGUCUUCAGACCUGAUCGCUGGAUACGGAAAGAUUCCACAGAUCGUGUCGACAACUUUGGCUCAAUUCCCUUUGGCUACGGCAUCAGGAGCUGCAUCGGCAAGAGAAUAGCAGAGUUAGAGAUGCAUCUAGCUCUCACAAGGUUCAUUCAAAAGUUCCACAUUGGCGUGUCUCCGCUUACUACUGAUGUCAAGGCCAAAACCCAUGGCCUGCUCUGCCCUGCUGCCCCCAUCCACCUGCAGUUCAUCGACAGGGAAAACUAGACUCCGACUCCUCUCCAUAAGGUCUACUGUACUUUGUUUUUAAAGUGCUGAUUAGUGCGUCUUACCUCCUCCCGUUCGUUAGUGAGGACACAAAUGAGUGUGGGACCAGUAAAGAUAGAUUCAUACUAAUGUGCAUACAUGUGUGUUAUAAUGUGUGAACACACGUUAAUACAUAAUCACACUGUUUCCUCUUAAGAAAAAACUGUUUAUAAUAUUUUUAAAUGUAAACAAAUUCUAGGAAAAAUGCUUUUAGCUUUUUUUAUAUAAAGGGACUUUGAUAAUCCUGUGAGAUAGAACUAAAGAAUGAUUUAUAAACUAAAAAGUAGAUUAUUUGCUCAACUAAUGAAAUAUGUAUUUUUUUACACUACGCUUGGAUCAAUACAUUUGUUCAAUGUUUCUGGUUUAUACGCUGUUUGUGUGAAUACAAUUAUUUUACCAGAAUGUUGGUCACAUCAUGAUUUUAUUGAGAAGGACCACGUAUGUUGCAGAAUAGUUUUAGCAAGAGGAAAGAGAGGAGUUGGUGUGCUCAGGGCCGGCCCUGACCAAUUUGGGUGCCCUGGGCAAGAUUUUAGCUGGUGCCCCUUGCAUCGCUGCCAAUUCCACUACCAAUCAUUGUGUCCAUACACUCAAACUUGCAUAACUAACUAACAAGUCAAUAGGCUGCUGCAACAAGAGUUAAUGCUGGUUAGAAAACAAAAACAAAAAGUAUAAUAUUGGGCUCAAAGCAUGCAUUGACGUUGGACCACAAACUGUGCCUUUCAUUGCAGGGAAAUGCUAUUGAACAGGUAAAAGUGGCUAAAUUGUUGGGUGUCACGAUUGAUAAAACAUUAUCAUGGACUACUAAUAUUAACAACAUAGUGUCCAAAAUGAGUAGAAACAUCUUUAUCAUUAAAAGAUAUGCUUGACUGUUGACAGAGUCAACAAUUAAGUUAGUAACGCAGUCUCUAGUCUUGUCUCAUCUGGACUAUUACUCUAUGAUCUGGUCUGGUGCGUCAAAACAGGAGCUUGUCAAGAGCAGCUCGCCUUGUUCUUUGCUGCCCCACAAGGAGACUAGCAUGCAGCCUGAUGGUAUUUUUUAAGAAUAUCUGUACAUUACGUAAACCCACCAACAUGUUCACACAGCUAUUACCUACCAAUGAUGGACAUGGUUAUUAUAUCAGACUGGCUGUAGGAUAUGGCUUUACUCUGCCAAUGCCCAGAACUAAUGCUCUUAAAAAAAUUGUAUAAAGCUGUAACAUAUUGGAACAUUUAAUCUUAAUGAGAAAUACAGUACGUCAAGCUUAAAAAAGAAACUAAGAGAAGCUUUAGGUUAAAACCUGUUUGAUUCAGUUAUUCAUUUCUAUUGUCUUU